CCGGAAGUGCACUUUCCUCCCGGACUUGGGGCGGGAAAAUGGUUGCAAAUGAGGCGGGCUUGGCCCCUGAGGAGCAGAGGUUAACCCGAGGCUGCUCGGGUCUAGUUAGGCAAUGAGCUUUGGGGCUGGGGUUGCAAAGACAAAACAGCUUUUGCCCCCGAGGAGCCGGGGGUAGAAAUAGCACUUGGAUGAAUCAGUUCAAGAUAAAGGAAGGAGGAGGGAGCACUCACCCUGGGAGGGAUCCGGAAAACCUUACAUAGGAGGGAACCCCGGAGCCGAGCCUUGAAGGAAGAAGCUAGGAGGUGUAAGAGUCGGGGCUCGUAAGCAUUUCCUCCUCGGUUGCCACGGCAAACAACUGGUUAAUCCCAGUUUAAAUUAGGAACACUCUGUGGAAGGAACCUUAUGUGAAACAAAAAAAUGCCUCUUUCCACACAAACUGAAGAUGGGAAUGAUCAAUAUAUCUUAGUUGCCAGUCUUGACAAUGUAAGGAAUCUCUCAAACAUAUUAAAAGCUAUUCAUUUCAGAGACCACGCAACCUGUUUUGCAACAACAAAUGGAAUCAAGGUUACAGUGGAAAAUGCAAAAUGUCUGCAAGCAAAUGCAUUCAUCCAGGCUGGAAUAUUUCAAGAGUUUAUUGUUCAGGAAGAAUCUGUAACAUUUAGAAUCAAUUUGACAGUUCUUCUAGACUGCUUGACUAUUUUUGGUUCAACUCCUUUGCCAGGAACUUCAACUGCACUUAGGAUGUGUUACCAAGGUUAUGGGUACCCUUUGAUACUCUUCCUAGAAGAAGGUGGAGUCGUGACAGCAUGCAAAAUCAAUACCCAAGAGCCUGAAGAUACUCUGGAUUUUGAUUUCUGUAGCACAAAUGUUAUUAAUAAGAUUAUUCUUCAGUCAGAAGGCCUUCGUGAAGCAUUUGCUGAGUUAGACAUGACCAGUGAGGUCCUACAGAUUACCAUGUCACCAGAAAAACCUUAUUUCAGGCUGUCCACUUUUGGAAAUUCAGGAAGCUCACACCUUGACUAUCCCAAAGAUUCCGAUUUGAUGGAAGCAUUUCAUUGUAAUCAGACCCAAACUAACAGAUACAAGAUUUCUUUGCUGAAACCAUCCACAAAGGCUUUAGCCCUAUCUUGUAAAGUGUCUAUUCGCACUGAUAACCGGGGAUUCCUCUCUUUACAGUAUAUGAUUAAGAAUGAAGAUGGACAGAUAUGUUUUGUGGAAUAUUACUGUUGCCCUGAUGAGGAUGUUAGUGAUUCAGAGCCCUGACUAAUAAUGUCUGGCCAUCUCCUUUUACACACACAGGAUUUGCUGUGUCCUUGUUCUCCUUUGUACGGUACCAUUGGGUAACUUAUUGUGAGACUUUCCCAAGGACAGGACAAGAAUUUAACAUUGGGAAAUUGAUAACAAGUGGAAGAACAGUGUGCCCUGUAGAUAUAUUAUUUUUCUACAAAAAUGUGUUUUCAAAGAGCUAUCAGUAUUCUUCUGAAUGUUAAAUAUUUAAGUUCAUAGGAGUAUAAGCAGUCAUAAAUGUUGAUGAAUAAAUUAGGUGCAUUGACUUUUCAAACUAGAAACCUUCAGAAAAUCCAGUAAUCUGAAGCAUAAAUAUUACCACUUCUGAAACAUUCAGUUUACCAUUGCAGUUAGCAAAUUCAUGUUUAUGACAAGCCUAUUCUUCCAAGAUUAAUUUGAACUGGUCAAAAUGCCUUUUAAGGGAUGCUCUGUAUAUUUUAAAAUAAUACAAAUUAAGGAGGCACUUGUUUACAUGAGUUCCUCAUAGGUGGAAUUGUGAUAUCUAUGGAGCUUGAGAAUGAGAAUUAGAAAAAAAAGAAGUCUUUAAUAUAAAAAUUCCAUGAACAGGUUAUUUUUUAAAAGUACAUUUUUACUGGCUUCCCUUCUUUCACCAACAUUUCCUCCUGAAUCCCUCCAUACCCUCUCCCAGAGAGUAUCCCUAUACUAAAGAAAAAAAAUUCAGCAGAAUUAACCAAUAUAUAGAAAGUGAGACAUAUAUACCACUCCAUACCCAUGUACCUCAUCUCUGCAAAGCAGCAGGGGAAGGUAUUUUCAGAUCAUAUUUGGAACCAAUCUCAGUCAUUAUAAUUAGUAUUUGCCUUCAGUUUUGUUGCUGUCAUACUACAUGGAUUUAAGACUUGUAACUUUCUCUGUGAUAUCCUAACUUCCCAAUUCAAGUUACAAAUAUUCAUUGGGUGCCAAUUCUGUACUUAGCAUUGUCCCUUCCUAAACUGAGGUGAAGAAAACAAAAUGCAUACCAGCUUCAGUGAUUUUCUAUAAGAGGCAACAUGGUAGAACAGAAAGAGUUCUGGACUUGGAGUUAGGAGACUUGGCUUUGAAUCCAGAGCCGCAGCAAUUGAGCCAUGUGACCCUAGUCAGGUUCUUUCCAUUCUCAGAUCCUGUUUCCUCAUCUGAAAAAUGGGGUGAAAAAAUAUUUGUACUAUUUCUUCCCAGGAUUGUUUUGAGAAAAACUCAUUACAAACUUUAGUUAUACUCCAGGUUAUUUAUUCACUAAAAUAUUUUUGUCACAGCUAUUUUGUAUAUUUAAAAUAAAAUAAUAUAAAAGCAAGUUUAUGUGACUAGUUUUUACAGAAAAUUAAUAAAAUCAGAGAGGUUGUUUUCUGUGAUGUCUAUGUAAAGUACAGCAUAUAUUGAAGGGAAUGAGUGGAUUUAAUAUUGUCGAGCUAUAUUUUUGAUUAACAAAAUACUGAAAAACAGAAAAAAAUAAGAUCCAUGUCCCAUUUGAUAAAUGGUCAAAGGAAACAAACAGCCAGUUUUCAGAAGAAGAAAUCAAAGCUAUCUGUAGUCAUGAAAAAAUGCUCUAAAUCAUUAAUUAGAGAAAGGCAGAUUAAAAUAACAGGUACCAUAAAUGCCUGAGGGGAUAUGGGGAAAUAGGUAUACUAAUAAGUUGUUGAUGGAGUAGCGAGCUGGUCCAACCAUUCUGAAGAACAAUUUGGAACUGUGUUCAAGGUGCUACAGAUCUGUGCAUGCCCUUUGGCCUAGCAGUACCACCACUGGGUCUAUAUCCCAAAGAGAUCAAAGGGAAAGGGGAGGGACCUAUAUGUCCAAGGAUGUUUAUAGCAUCUCUUUGUGGUGGUAAGGUGUUGGAAAUUGAAGGGAUGCUCACUGAUUAAAAAAUGACUGAACAAGUUGUGUCGUGUGGUUGUGGUGCUAUGGGAAGUGAUGAGGAAGGUGGUUUCAGAGGUGCAUGGCAGGAUCUAUAUGGGCUGAUGCAGAGUGAGAUGGGAAGAACCAAGAGGGUGUUGUGCACCAUGACCGCAAUGUUGGGGUGCUAACCCCCUGUGAAGGAUUUGGCUGUUCUGAUCAGUGCACUGAUCCUGGACAGUUCCAGGAGACAAAUGAUUGAGGGAUGCUAUUCACCUCUGGGGAGAAAACUGGUAAAUGCUAAGUGCAAAUGGAAGUGUGGUUUUCUCACUUUAUUUUUCUUGCUUUAAAAAAAAUAUGGCUAAUACAAAACUAUAUUUUGCAUGAUUUCAUACAUAUAUAGUUGAUGUGUUGCCUUCUCAGUGGGUGGGGGAAGGGCUGGGAGAGAAUUUGGAGCUCAAGUUUUGAGAAAAUGUUGAAAACAGUUUUUUAAAAAGACAACCUUUAAAGAAGGUUUGUCAGGCCAAUUUCUACAUAAUUUAAAAACCUUAUUCUUCAUUUCUUUUUUUAAAAAUUUUCUUUUAAUCAGCCAAGAUCCACUUUCUCACCCUCCUAUUCCAACCCUCCCUCCUUACCCUACCCACAACUGAAAACACAUUUUUUUUUUUUUUGCAGGCAAUGGGGGUUAAGUGACUUGCCCAGGGUCACACAGCUAGUGUCA